GGAAGCGGAAGUGGCGACACGGCGGAAGUUAGCAAAACAAGAGCGCGAAUUUGAUCGUGCCUUGACACAGUAGCUGCUGUGUGAGACACGUAAUGUACGUCAGUUGAAUGUUUAUGUGGACGAAUUGGGAAGCGCUGCUAGUUUGGGAGGUACGUGGCUGCAAUAGAGUCUCAAUUUGUCACGUUGCAGCAUGGCGGUGCCGUUUGUACAGGACUGGGACCUUGUUCAGACACUUGGUGAAGGAGCUUAUGGAGAAGUGAGGCUGCUGGUCAACAGACAGACUGAGGAGGCGGUCGCAGUCAAAGUGAUCGACACUUCGCAAGCUAAAGAGUGUGCGGAAAACGUCAAGAAGGAAGUCUGCGUGCACAAGAUACUGAACCACCACAACAUUGUCCGUUUCUUUGGCCAUCGUAAGGAAGGAACUACCGUCUACCUCUUUUUGGAGUACUGUACAGGAGGCGAGCUGUUUGACCGGAUUGAGCCCGAUGUGGGAAUGUCAGAGAAAGAUGCUCACAAAUUUUUCCAGCAACUUGUAGCCGCUGUGGAGUACCUCCACAAAAUCGGCAUCACCCACAGAGACAUAAAGCCAGAGAACAUUUUGCUGGAUGACAAAGACAACCUCAAGCUGUCCGAUUUUGGCCUCGCAACCAUGUUUCGCUUCAAAGGACGGGAGCGGCCGCUGAAUCGUCUUUGCGGGACUCUCCCUUACGUCGCCCCAGAGCUAUUGAGCCAGACCGAGUACAAAGCUCAGCCUGCAGAUAUCUGGGCUUGUGGGAUAGUGCUGACUGCGAUGCUGGCAGGAGAAUUGCCGUGGGACCAGCCCUCUGAAAUCUGUCAGGAGUAUUCGGAUUGGCUUAAGAAGAAAACGUAUCUGCCACCCUGGAAGAAAAUACAGCCAAUGACUCUCUGUAAGUCCUCAACGUGUAAAUGUCUCCCUUUCAUGUGUGUGUGUGUGUGUGUGCGAGACUCCUUUUUCUUUUUAUCAGGUUUGUUGUCCAAGUUACUGUUGCCCAACCCAGAAGAACGCAUCACCAUUGCGAACAUCCAGAAAGACCGCUGGUUCGCUCAAGGGGUGAAACAGCCACUAGGUUCUCUAAGCUCAGGUGCCAACAAAUACCACAGAGCCGAUGAUGGAGUCCUAUCGCGAACCAGCAGCGAUGACAGGAUGCAGUUCUCCAGCUCCCAGCCCGACCUGGCCAUGGGAGGCUGGGAAGCCAUGCUGUUCAUUGGCCAAUCGGACGGUCAGGUCAGCUUUUCUCAACCUACCAAACCCGAGCAUAUGCUGCUGGGCAGUCAGCUGCUGGGAACGCCGGGAGCCAGUCAGACCCCGUGGCAAAGAUUAGUGCGCCGAUUGACGCGUUUCUUCACCUCUGAGAGUGCUGACACCUCGCUGGCUUCGCUAAAAGGCGCCUGCGACAGCCUGGCCCUCUGCUACAAACUCACCGGCAAGAAUCAGGUGACUGUGAGCACACUGGACAAACGCAAUAGCAAACUCACUUUCAAAGUCCACUUACUGGAAAUGAAUAAAAGAGUGCUGUUAGACUUUAGGCUGUCCAAGGGUGAUGGUUUGGAGUUCAAGCGCCUCUUCUUGAAGAUAAAGCAGAAGUUGUGCGACAUCAUCUGCACUCAGAAGAAUGCAUUUUCUAUUACAUGAGGCUACUGGUGACUAAACAUGAACAUGACAGUGAAGGAGGGCGGUACCUGUAUAUAUGUAGCUGUUAAUUGUUUAAUGCAAUGUUUUAAAUGCGUUCUCUUCAAGUGUCCUUCUGUUUCUUCGUUAUGGUUUGUGUUUGUCCCCCCACUUCCUGUUGUCAUGAUUGGUUUUUAGAAAUAACUCAGACAUGCUAUGCCAACAAUCCAUAUAGAGGUUACAUCUCUGUUCAGCCUUUGUUCUAAUUUUGCUGUUACUGUUCAAUAUCUUUAAUAAAUUAUUUUGAAAAAUA